AUGUUAUUUCUAUUAGCAGCCAAAAUUAUGUUUGAUCAGCUUCAAGUUUUUUUUCUUUUUUACUUAUUUUCUUUCCGUGGGAUAUUUUCUUCUUUUGUCUCCAUUUCUUUCACAUCUAUUCCAACUUUUUCUUUCUUCUUCUUUUUUUCAUGUCUACUUUUCAUUUCUCUUUUCUUUUUUUUUUCUUUCAUUUUCAUCCUUCUUUUCCAUUCUCUAUACUUUUGUUUAUUCUUUUUUCUCUCUUUUUCUUCUCCUAACCUUUCACUUCUUUCUUCCCCUAUCUUUUCUAUCCUUCUCUUUCCUUGCCUAUCCUUUUCAUCUUGCUAUUUUUUUUCCUAUACAUUUUGGCUCUCACUUUCCUCCCAUAUUCCUUCUGUCCCUCCUUUUUCUCUCUCUCUUCUCCCCUAUUCUGUCUAUCCUCCUCUUUCUUCAUUUAUCAUUUCCAUCCUUCUCUUUCCUUCAAUAUCCCUUCAGUCCCUCCUCUAUCCAUUCUGUCUCUCUCUUUCCUUUCCCUAUCCUUUCUGUCCUCUUUCUCCCUUCAUCCUUUUUGUCCUUCUCUUUCUUUCUGUCCUUCUCCUUCUUCCCCUAUCCUUUUUGUCCUUCUCUUUCUCUUCCUUUCUGUCCUUCUCUUUCUCUUUUUCCUCCUAUCCUUUUUACCAUUCUCUUUCUCCCUUUUUUCUUUUUGUUCUUUUCUUUCCUUCCCUAUCCUUUCUGUCCUUCUCUUUCUCCUUCUUUUUUUCUGUUCUUCUUGUUCCUUCCCUAUCCUUUCCAUCCUUUUCUUUCCUUCCCCAUCCUUUUCAUUCUGUCCUUCUCUUUCACCUUUUUUCUGUUCCUCCUCCUUCCCCAUCCUUUUCUUUCCUUCCCUAUCCUUUCCAUCCUUCUAUUUCCUCCCCUAUCCUUUCCAUCCUUCUCCUCUCACUUUUCUUUCUGUCCUUCUCUUUCUUCCCCUAUCAUUUUGGUCCUUCUCUUUUUCCUCCUAUCCUUUUUGCUAUUCUCUUUCUCCUUUUUUCUUUCUGUUCUUCUUUUCUCUCCCUUUCUUUUCUGUCCUUCUCUUUCUCCUCCUUUUUUUCUGUUCUUCUUGUUCCUCCCCUAUCCUUUCCAUCCUUCUCCUCUCACUUUCCUUUCUGUCCUUCUUUUUCUCCCCCUAUCUUACCCAUCCUUCUCCAUUCUAUACUAUCCUUCCCUCCCUUUUUUGUUCUCUUCUGUCCAUCCCUUUUCUCCCUUUAUUGA